AUGCGUUUGCCGUGGUCUGUACUGGGUCUGGUCGGUGCGAUCGCUACGUCGAUCCCCCUCGCCUCAUCACACGAGAUCCACUUGAACUACCACCCGGCCUCAGAACCUGUACCCUCUAUCGAAUCAUACCUGUCUGUGGAAUGGUCCAUGCAAGAUGGUUCAUUGUUUGCCAACGGAGACCGAGUCUUCCCGCCUUCCAUGUCAAUGCAGGUCCAUGCGCCCCGAUAUGAAAGCACGCAAAAGACGCGUCUCGACUUUGAAACUUAUUACUACUCUCUGGAAGUCCGACCCUUAAAUAGCCAUGAAGUGGGUGCCCCUCAUGGUAUUGUCAGGGUCCAGGUAGAUUUUUUGGACCAACAUGGCGACCCGGUCACGGCCAACACCGUUGUACUCGAUUUGCUGGAUCACCCGGAUGGAAAUCCUCGCAUCACCAAAAUCCGCAUCGAACCUGGAAAGAUCCGCUCGGACGUUCCGGGGGAACGAGAGUGGAAGAUGAAAUUCUGGAAGACGGAAAUGGGUGCAUUGUUUAAACACAAGGACAAUGGUCACAAGGCGGCUGAGACUGACCCUUCGAAAAUCGAGUCCGCAUCAACCAAACCAACUAUUCAGCAAUCGCAAGCCGAUGUUGCCAGCCCCAAACCCAGCAGCGCUGUGGAGUCGACUGUUGGAUACAUCUUCUCUCCUUACUUUGCGCCUUCGUCUUACUCUCACCGAACCCACCGCCGCCCGCACGGCAAGACCCACGAUCACACCUUUAUGCGCCUCAUGCGCCCCGUGAUCCUCCCCGCAGUCCUUGGCGCCACAGCUGGGUUGCUCGCUUGUUUAGUCGGCUUCCUUAUCGGACACGUUGUCAUGUCCGUGUCCUACCGGCUAGGAUUGCGCAAGGCCCACCAACGCCGCUGCUCACAGACAGCCGACGUGGAGGAUGGCAUUGCGUCAGAGAAGGCCGGUCUGUUACCGGAGAUCUACAUGACUGAGUCCAAGGUCUAG